GCAUGACAAGAAUAAAUCCCUUAAAAACGGUUAAUACAUAUUUUCAAAUUAAGCCACAUUCACAAUUUUAAGCCAACUUAACAUUGUUUUCACAAUUAUUUGAAUAAAGAUAGUUAUAUCCAAAAAUAUUUAAUUAAGCUAUAAUUAGCCAGUGAUUUAAAAAUAUAAAAGUAAAAACGUAAAUAAUGAUGGAAAAUCCACACAAUUUUCAUCAACCGCCUAUUCAUCGAGUUCCAGGAGAGACAAAAAUCAAAAAUGAACAUGCAUUGCAUGACGAUUUAACGAAAUUAACGAGAAGAGAAUUGCUGGACACUAAAAGCAGGCAACUGUUGAUGCUCCAGAAUAAAUCAUGGAUGAACAAACUUCCAGAUAAAGGCAAAAAGAUCCAGGACUUGUAUGAUCGCGUCGUCCAAGCUUUAGAAUUUAAAAAUGAGGUACACAAUGCAGCCAAUUUGCUAUCAUCUAUGAGUUUAGGAACAAAUAAUCUCAAUAAUCUUGAAUGGGAAGGAACGACAGAACAACAAAAGAAGCCACAAAUUGACAGUGAUGACGAUGAAGUACAAGAUCCAUUAGAAAUUCUUGUUUCUUCAAAUUCAGUGUAUUCCAAUAAGAAAAUUAUAAAGCAUAAACAAAGUGAAAAUGAUAAGCCAUUAAUAACAGAAGAGGAUAUAAAGGAAAUACGAAAUCCUGAAUUUCAUCUAGAUCCAGUAAUGGAGAAAAUUUGUACAUAUGAUAGGUCAGAAGUACCAUUUAGAUUUUUACCUCAUAAAAGUACAGAACAGACAUGUCCUAUAAAAAAUAAAGAAAUGAAUUCAAAGUUAAAGACAGUCAAUAAAAUUGAUAACAAAGGUUGUGAACAAAUUCCGCUCAUAGAAUCAAUAGUCAUGGAACAUGAGUCUCGAAAGAACAGACAGGAAUCAUUAGAAAAGCAAGCUACAGAGAGGCUUGAUGCAAAGAAAAAGGAACUGGAAGCUUCUGGAUUAAAGCUGACAGAACCACCAGAAAUGAUGCCAGCUAUGACAAAGUAUCGAUUGCCACCAGAGGAAUAUGAUGAUAUUAUUUUAAAAGAUGCUGAUGAUGAUUUAAGCGACGAUACAUUAUCAGAUGAAGAAGACAAGUGAUUGUAUUUUAAACAAUUAUCUAUUUUAUUAACAUCAACCAGUUAAAUAUAUAUUUUUUGUUCUACAAAAUAAUUUAUAAUGAAUAAAAUUGUGUCGUUGCUUGACUCGACUGUAACUCAAUCUGUG